AUGAAUCUUAAAGACUUGAUUGUGAAGCUGCCUGUCGAGUCAGACGUGCUCAAACGCGAUGGUUUGGCUAAGGGCCAUGGCCCACCUGUUGCAAAGGUCAAUCUGUUGGAGCGGGGCGGUCCCUCCAACAAAUGCUCCCGUCCUACUGCAAAAGACAAGGGCAAGAGGAAGCAGCCUGCGAGGAAGGUUGAAGGCAACUACUACAACUGUGGCGAACCUGACCACUUUUCCAAAGACUGCCGCAAGCCGAAGAAGAAGCCGACUGCCCACAUUGUUGAAAAAGAGUUCAAGGAUUGGGAUGAAAGUGACCAUGUUGCUGUGGUCACGGAAGAAGUCAACCUUGUUGAUAACAAAGAUCGCCAUUCUCUUAAGUUAAUUAAUCCGGAGAUUAAAUCGACGUCUUCAUCGAUCAACUCUCUGAAGCAUGAUCUGGUACGCCAGUCGUGCGUCCACGCGAGCUACCCAGCCGAGUGCUUAGCAGGCACUCCGCGGGAUCUGGCACGUGCAGCGGUGAAUGUGAGCCUGGCGCACGUGCGGAAGGUAAGGCAGUUUCUGAAGGAGGCGAAGAAGGGGAGCGACUGCGUGGAGGAGAUGGCGGACGAGCUGAGAAGGACGAUGUCGGCGCUGCGGCAGCUCAGCCGCCGGGGCGGGGACUUCCGGUGGGAGAUGAGCAAUGCGGAGACGUGGGUGAGCGCGGCGCUCACGUAUGAAGACACGUGUCUUGAUGGGUUUGACGAGAUUGAUGGAAAUGUGCGCUCCGAUGUGCGGAAGAAGCUCACUGAUGUGGCAACGGUUACCAGUAACGCUCUUUAUCUCAUCAACCUCCUCCACGAGUAG